AUGGCACAUAAAGGUGGUAUUGAAGCCUCAAACAGAUCACUAAGGGAUAUAAGAGGUAAUACAAAAUUAUUGAGUGGCGUUACAGUUUUGCUAGCCGGAGACUUUCGGCAGACUCUACCAGUGGUGCCAAAAGGAACCAGAGUUGAUGAAGUAAAGUCAUGCAUUAAAAAAUGUAAUGUGUGGCCCCAGUUUAAUAUUAUUGAGCUCUCAAAAUAUAUGAGAGCACAUUUGGGCGGGGUUGAGUCUGCUGGUAGAUUUUCAUAUCUCCUUCUCAAAAUCGGUAAUGGUGAUUUUCCAUCUUUUGAUGGAAUGAUAACCAUCCCGGAAGAAUUGUGCACAGUUGUUACUACGGUUCAAGAAUUGCUGUCUAAAGUUUAUCCAGACAUUAUUCAUAUACAUGACAAGCCUAUUGAAUGGGUAUAUGAGCAUGCCAUACUUACUCCAAAGAACGAUCAAGCAGCAACUAUCAACGAUAUCCUGCUCAUGUGGUUUGAGGGCGAAGAAAAGGUCUAUACUUCGAUUGAUACUGUG